AAAUCGGGAUCAUCCUUUUACGUCGGUCUCGAAGCUCUUUUUCACCUGCGGUCUUCAGCAGCGACAGUUCCUGCAGGAGUCAUCAAGAUCCUGGCGAAGAUUUUUCGCAUUGCAGCCGCAUGCAUACGUUUCGAGAAACGACAAUCUGGCUGACCGUUGGACGGACUUUGGACCCGUCGAGCGUGGCACGUCAUCGCACGUUGAGGGCAAGGAAGAACGAAAAGUGCAGAUCAUCGUUUAUCCUGUGUAUGGUUUAGACAUUCUUGUGACAUCGAGAUGUUGUCGGAGGACCCCGACGAUGAGAGUGAGGAGCGUGAGCAGUUCGAGGAUCAGUACUACAAGCUGGUGGCGGCGGCGCGGAGACUACUCGGUGCUCGCCCUCACCAGUCUUCUCACCUUCAGGAUGGAUCCGUGGCGAGUUGCGAGGAUGGACAAUCAGGAUUCUGAUGUAGAUGUUGGGAAGAUCAACCGCCUGGAACGUUUCAAGAGAAUUGAAGUCAUCCGUCGACAUUUCUGGGACCGAUUCUCCCUGGAAUACGUUGCUCUUCUUCAGCAGAAAGUGAAGUGGCACUCGUCAAGGGCGGAGCUGAAGUUAGGCUCCCUUGUUUUAAUAAAGGACAGAGCACUUCCUCCUUCACUUUGGAGCCUAGGUCGAGUGACCAAAGUGUACCCUGGUAGCGACGGGAUUUCCAGAGUCGCAGAGGUCCUAACAAAAAGAGGCACUAUCAGGAGGGCCUUCAAUAACAUUUGUCCCCUUCCAGAACUUUGAAGUUCCUUCAACCCGGGGAGCAUGUUGGGAAUCAAACCCAACAUAUCUUCGGCAAAGGGCGCUAGCGGCCGCCUACUCGCUUCUGAGUCAUCGUGGCGAGCGGCGCAGCGGCGAGCGGUGCAUCGAGGGGGGCGCCGGGCGAGAGGGGCAUAGACCAGUCUUGCGCUCACGGACACCACCGACGACGGUCGACAUUCGCUCAUAAUAUAUCAAUUGUUUGUCCGCGAGAUCUUUGAUUAUUGUAAUUAGAACGGCAAUAAACCGCGCCUAUCAACUA